AUGUAUCUUGGAUACGCGAUUUCCUUCUGGCAAGGCGCCAGGUUUCUCGGUGCAGGCGACAUCCGCCUGGCUUCCGUUGUUACUAUCCUGCUCGCCAUCAUGACUGGCACAUUUUCGAGCCUGUCUGUGGCCGCGAAAAUAUUCGCCGUCAUCGACAGACAAUCGCCGAUCGACCCGACAUCCGGAUCUGGGUCAACAUUGCCUGCCGUUCGUGGCGAGAUCCGAUUCGAAAAUGUGAAAUUGAUCUACCCUUCGCGGCCAGGAGUCACUGUCAUGAAGGAUCUAAGCCUCACUAUUCCAGCCGGCCAAUCCACUGCCAUCGUUGGAGCAAGCGGAUCCAGCAAAUCUACCAUCAUUAGUCUCCUACACCGAUUUUACGAGCCAAUCGAUGGCAAAGUAUUACUAGAUGGGCACGAUAUAACCACAUUAGAUCCUCGGUGGAUCCGACGACAGAUGCCGCUCGUUGGCCAAGAAUCGAUGCUGUUCAAUACGUCUAUAUACAACAAUAUUGCAUACGGCUUUAUUGGGGCCGAUCUGGAGCAUUCUCCUCCUGAUGUAAAGAGAGAGGCUAUAGAGCAGGCUGCGAAACUAGCCAACGCUCACGAUUUCAUCUCCAACCUCCCGAAGUCUUACAGCACUGAAAUCGGCGAGUCUGGCGGUUUGCUCUCUGGUGGUCAGAAACAGCGUAUAGCCAUUGCCCGUGCGAUCGUUUCAAACCCGAAAAUUCUGCUUCUAGACGAGGCCACAUCGGCUUUAGACUCGAAAUCAGAAAAAGUCGUACAAGCAGCGCUUGACAGCGCUUCUGGCUCUAGGACUACCGUUAUUAUUGCACACCGUCUCUCUACCGUCAAGAAGGCGGAUAAAAUCAUCGUUCUCAGCAACGGCGCUGUGGUGGAAGAAGGUACACAUACCGAGUUGCUCGAAAAAGGUGGUGUGUACUCCACUCUCAUCUCGAAACAGCAGAUCAAUGAGAAGAAGAGCGCUAUAGAGGAAGCUACAGACGCUGCCACAAGCGAAACAGUAUCACGGCAAGAGAAGACGGAAAUGCAAAGCUUCGAACAUUCCGUAAAACUUUAUCCAGAUGGAGGAGCCGAUGAAGAAGCUGGUGAAAUUUCCCAGCCAAGCGAAAACAGCAAACAACAUAUUACGACGUGGACACUCAUACGCACAGUUGCACGACUCAACUUACCAGAACAACAUUGGAUGGUACUCGGGUUAUUCUGCUCCAUUAUAUGCGGCGCUGGAUUUCCUGUGUCAGCAGUCUUUCUGGCGAAGCUGAUUGUAGCCAUGACUCAGUUCAAUGUCACGCAAGAUCGAGCGCGUCUGACAAGCGACACAAGCUUUUGGAGCAUCAUGUACAUAGUUUUGGCGGCUGGCCAAUUACUAUCAUUUUCGAUUGAAGGUGUCGCCUUUGCCUAUUGCGGCGAGCGACUCGUACGUCGCGUACGAAUGGAGCAAUUUCGCCAUAUGCUUCGGCAAGAUGCAUCGUACUUUGACAAGAUGACCACCGCGGAGCUCACUGCAACCAUAGCUGGCAACGCAUCAAACAUUGCCGGACUCAGUGGAACCACACUUGGCAGCCUGCUCAACGUGGUGACGACCCUCCUUGGGUCUCUUAUUCUCUCCAUUGCAAUUGGAUGGAAGCUGGCUUUAGUAACGGCGUCUUCCAUACCGAUUCUUAUCGUAUGUGGCUAUCUUCGAUUUGGCAUUCUCUCCAAGUAUCAAGUUCAUACCAAAAAAUGCCACAUUGAAUCAGCAACUGGCGUGUGUGAAGCCAUCGCGAUGAUCCGGACCACGGCUUCGUUCGGGCUCGAACACCAUGUCGCACAAACUUAUUCUGCUGCGCUUGGCAAGCAGCGUCGACUUAAUAUCCUACCUGUUAUCAAGGCAUCCAUUCUAUAUGCGGUGUCGCAAUCACUUGUCUUUCUUUGCAUGGCCCUCGGCUUCUGGUACGGAGGCAUGCUAGUCAUUGCGAAAGAAUACACGGUCUGCAGUUUUACAUCUGCUUCGCCGCAAUCAAAUUCGGAGCACAGUCUUGGAGUACCAUCGAUCGGCUGCCUCCUGGGAACUGCGCCCCUGGGUGGAGUCCUAAUCUACGGCUUCAGAGGCUGUUCCAUCAGUAUCAAGGACUCGCACGAGGUGAUGGACCCACAUGAUCACAGUGUCGAUCCCAGGAACAGUGCAUAUGUGAUGCCAGGAGCAACACUGUUCCCAGAGGCUCUCGCGUCAAUCCUAAAGACGGUUCAAAAGGUUCUGGGAACUGUGUUCUUUGUUCCUGGGAACCUUGUUGCUCCUCGCAUCACAUGCACUGUUCCUGGAAGCAGCCGUGUUCUCUGCGAUGUACCCGAGUUUAAACAGCGACGCCACUCCAGUCUCGUUCUAGAAACAUCAAGAUUGACAGCCCGUCCAAAUUUAACAGAAUAUCGACCUGUCUACUGA